AGGCGACCUGGAGCCGCGGGGACGCACGGACUGAGACCCGGGCAGUGUGUCGCAAGAACCCAGCAGGCAUUCGCAGGCCACCGCUGGUGGACGCGGUUCCUUGUGCUUCGUGUGGCUCGGGACUCCAGGCUGUCCCAGCCACUGACCGCACCCGCACCUGCAGCACAGCAGAGCCAUGGCCCUGAGCGAGCUGGCUCUGUUGCGAUGGCUGCGGGACAGCCGCCACUCGCGCAAGCUGAUCUUGUUCAUCGUGUUCCUCGCGCUGCUGCUGGACAACAUGCUGCUCACCGUCGUGGUUCCCAUCAUACCCAGUUACCUGUACAGCAUGGAGCAUGAGAAAAAUGCUACAGAAAUCCAGACCACCAAGCCAGCACUCACAGCCUCCACUUCAGGAAGCCUCCAGGGCAUAUUCUCUUACUAUGACAACUCUACCAUUCCCAUCACUGGAAAUGUCACCAGAAAUGCCACCGGGAGCCUCCCAGGGGAGCAGCCAUACAAGGCUACCACCACACAGCUCAUGGUGACCAACGCAUCCACUGUUCCUUCUGACUGUCCAAGCAAAGACAAAGACCUCCUGAAUGAAAAUGUGCAAGUUGGGCUGCUGUUUGCCUCCAAAGCCACCGUCCAGCUCCUUACCAACCCAUUCAUCGGACUGCUGACCAACAGAAUUGGCUAUCCGAUUCCCAUGUUUGCUGGAUUCUGCAUCAUGUUUAUCUCAACAGUUAUGUUUGCCUUCUCCAGCAGUUACGCCUUCCUGCUGAUCGCCAGGUCCCUUCAGGGAAUUGGCUCCUCCUGCUCAUCCGUGGCUGGAAUGGGCAUGCUGGCCAGCGUGUAUACGGAUGAUGAAGAGAGGGGUAACGCCAUGGGGAUUGCUUUGGGGGGCCUGGCCAUGGGAGUCUUAGUGGGACCCCCCUUCGGGAGCGUGCUGUAUGAGUUUGUGGGGAAGACAGCUCCCUUCCUGGUUCUAGCGGCGUUGGUGCUCUUGGAUGGAGCCAUUCAGCUCUUUGUACUCCAGCCAUCUCAGGUGCAGCCAGAGAGUCAGAAGGGGACGCCCCUAACCACCCUGCUGAAGGAUCCUUACAUCCUCAUUGCCGCAGGCUCCAUCUGCUUUGCAAAUAUGGGGAUAGCCAUGCUGGAGCCCGCCCUGCCCAUCUGGAUGAUGGAGACCAUGUGUUCCCGAAAGUGGCAGCUGGGCAUUGCUUUCUUGCCAGCAAGUGUCUCUUAUCUCAUUGGGACCAAUAUAUUUGGGAUACUUGCACACAAAAUGGGAAGGUGGCUUUGUGCUCUUCUGGGAAUGAUAAUUGUUGGAAUCAGCAUUUUAUGUAUUCCUUUUGCAAAAAACAUCUAUGGACUCAUCGCUCCCAACUUUGGAGUUGGUUUUGCAAUUGGGAUGGUGGAUUCCUCCAUGAUGCCUAUCAUGGGCUACCUGGUUGACCUACGGCACGUUUCUGUUUAUGGGAGUGUGUAUGCCAUUGCGGAUGUGGCCUUUUGCAUGGGGUAUGCUGUUGGUCCCUCUGCUGGUGGUGCCAUUGCGAAGGCAAUCGGCUUUCCUUGGCUCAUGACGAUUAUCGGGAUAGUUGAUAUUGCUUUUGCCCCGCUCUGCUUUUUUCUUCGAAGUCCACCUGCUAAGGAAGAGAAAAUGGCUAUCCUCAUGGAUCACAACUGCCCCAUUAAGACAAAAAUGUACACUCAGAAUAGCGUCCAGUCAUACCCUAUCGGUGAUGAUGAAGAAUCUGAAAGUGACUGAGAACCCUUGAAGUUGCCAAGUGCUUAACUGUGUAGCAAUGUUUCCAGUAAACUGACUUGUGCAGAGCUGUCUUAGUCACACCAUCCAUUCCUGGCAAAGAGUAAAACAACCAAAGGUGAUACUUUCUUUUCCAUGGUUAUGAUAGACUGCCAACAGCCUUAUAAAGAAAAAGCAGCUUUUCUAGGGGUUUGUAUAAAUAGUGUUGAAAACUUUAUUUUAUGUAUUUGAUUUUAUUAAAUAUUACACAAUAUAUUUUGACGAGAUAGGUCUAUUGUAAAUGUAUAAAUAUUUGAAUCCAAAUCAAAUAUAAUUUUUUAACUUACAUUCACGAACACUUGGACAAAAAAAAUCUUGUAUUUUUUCUGAAUACUGGUAAUGAGUGUUUAAAGCACACAUUAUCUGAGACUCUCCAACAAGAAACUAGAAGUCUGAGAAACAGAUCAUGUAAGACAGCGCCAUUAGGUAGCAACACUGAAUGUGUUGUUAUUUAACUUGUAAUUAGUAUCAAUGUAUUUAUGAGUUAAAAGUUAGUCAUUCAAGCGCAGAGGACAAGAAAUUGUGUCAGCCAUCUUUCAAACUUACUCAUAAACCUUUGCUGUCAUUAGUUUUCUAUUACGACCACCUACCUAGAAAGGGAUGGUUGUAAAUUCUGUUUUCUGUGUCAUAUCAUUGGCAGCAAUCAUUAAAGCCAACAAGGGGUAAAAAGUACAUGUUCUGAAAGCAGAAAAAAUAAUCUAAAUGUUGCUUUCUUUGACAGAUAUAUACUUGAUGGUCUUAUUGGGUGAAAAUCAAGUAUGCACUUUAUACAAUGGCAAGGUAAAGCACGAUGAUUUAUCAAACCUAGUUCAUGUUUUGGAAAAGGAAACAAGGCUAUCAAGCUGAUAUGUGAAAAAUCAGAUUACAUUUCUCACCUGCUUGCAGGUCAUCCAAGUGUUUUUUCUAGAUUUGUUAAUUUUGAGUUGCUGUUAUUUUUUUAGACUCCUAAAAGUUGUUCAUAUCAACAUAGAAAUGAAUUUCAAACAAAGAUGAAGGAAUGAAAUUGUUCAUGUCUAACAUGAUUAUGUUAAAAAAGAUUAUAGGGUGGUCAGGACACUUUCCCUUUUUGAAGCAGAAAGAAAAAACCAUCUACAAAUGUGUAUGUGUUACUGUAUCAUCUUGUGUGCUGGGUAGAAUAAUUUUUCUAAGCAUGACACUGAUACACCUUUCCAGUGUGCUAGUGUGCUAAUGUUAUUAGUGACCAUUAUCUGUAAUUGCUUUGUGUGAGAUUACAACCUUCAGGAAUACAAAUACAGUAUGGAAUGUCUCAAAUAGUAUGUGUUAAUUCUGCAGUUGUGUAAUUAUAAAAAAUACCUGUAAGUUUUGUUAAGCUGAAUUGUGUUUGUGUGACCUUGGACAUUAAGAGAACUUUAGGAUAAUAACCCCUCACACUUAUUGGCAAUUACAUAUUCUUUAGGAAAGUGGCUAAUACUUCUUUUGCUUUAUAAAACUUUCUGUGAGACCUUGGUGAUUUGAAAUCUGGUGUGUUUGAGGGAAACAGGCUUCCUACUCAUUAAACUACUAGAUAGUCACACAGGUCUGCAACUCUGAAGGAUGGCUGUAGAGGACUCUCACAUGACUAAAAUCAAAGGGCAGAACUUAUACUUCUCCAGGGCAGUUUCAGAAGUAGUGUGAUUAGAGAGGGCUUGUAGCUUUCCUCACUCACAAUACCAUAUACAAUCAUUGAUGCUGAUGUCAUUUUUGCUUCUGAGGCUUCAGCAAGAACAGUCAGCAAAGGCAUGCCUGUCACUCAACUCCAGGGAAAAGAUAAGACAUUUAUAACUGUUUGAAGAACAAAAGAUAACUUGUACCCAGUGGGAAGACAUUUAUAUGACUGAUAUUCUGGGUACAUGAGAAAAUAGGGUGUUUAAAAAAUACUGUGCAUGUACCAGAAAAAAAAAACUUACAGCUCUCUGAUUGUGUUUACAAAGUAGAGGUGGUUUUUGUUUAUACUUGGUAAUUCAGACACAAAAAUCUUAGUGAGGUAGCAAUGGAUAACUUUCUUUUGACUGCUAAGUGUAUCAGCCUGGUUGCACUUUAAAUUACUUAAUAAAUCUUGUUGAACACUG